AUGGAGUUUGCGCCCAAAGCCGAUACUACCUGGGUUUGCUUUUCCGACGGGAGGGACCUUUGGCAUCCCUGCCGCACUGCGCUGCUCCGGAACUUCCUGCGCCAGCUGGGGGGUCCAGAGCGUUGCCUCGCCGCUGGCGCGCCAGUGAUGGCCUACGCCCUCAGCGAUGCUGCCAGCACCAUCACCGACCCUGUAGAGGUGAACAAGGCGCUGCAGCACGGAAGGAGCCGCGAAGUCGGCGUCACCUACGAGUUGCAAGAUCUCGCUCAGUGCUGUCUCCGGCGACUGCUGCUGGCGUCGUUCCUGGACCGCGGGGCCGAGAAGCCCAGGGAGGACGACAGAUUCUCCGCCCAGCUCUUGCAGUUCGUGGUGCGCGACGGCGCGGAGAGGCUCCUGCAGGUCUCCCCAGAGCAGCUGCGCGAAGGAGGAAAGUCGGUGCCCCUGUGGAUGUACUUCCGGCGUGGACGCGAGCCGUCGUGA